CCCCAAUUGACGUUGUUGGGUAAGCGAGGCGGGCCUGGGAAGCUGAGUGGGAGUGGCGCGGAACUGCAGCGGUUCCUGAAAACCUGAGUGGCGGCAAGCCGGGUCUGCGAGCUAAUAUUUUUAAAAUGACCACACCAAACAAGACACCUCCCGGUGCUGACCCUAAGCAGUUGGAAAGGACUGGAACAGUACGGGAAAUUGGGUCACAAGCUGUUUGGUCACUCUCAUCUUGCAAACCAGGAUUUGGAGUGGAUCAAUUACGAGAUGACAAUCUAGAAACUUAUUGGCAGUCAGAUGGCUCCCAGCCUCAUUUAGUGAACAUCCAAUUCAGAAGAAAAACAACAGUGAAGACAUUAUGUAUUUAUGCGGACUACAAAUCUGAUGAAAGCUAUACUCCAAGCAAGAUCUCAGUCAGAGUAGGAAAUAAUUUUCACAAUCUUCAAGAGAUUCGGCAACUUGAAUUGGUGGAACCAAGUGGCUGGAUUCACGUUCCCUUAACUGAUAAUCAUAAGAAGCCAACUCGCACAUUCAUGAUACAGAUUGCUGUUCUAGCCAAUCAUCAGAAUGGAAGAGAUACCCACAUGAGACAAAUUAAAAUAUACACACCCGUGGAAGAGAGCUCCAUUGGUAAAUUUCCUAGAUGUACAACUAUUGAUUUCAUGAUGUAUCGCUCCAUAAGGUGACCUUGAAAUAGAACAAAAGUCAUUAAACAUAUCUUUGUCUUGUCAGUAAAGAUUAAAUCUGGUAUCUUUAUUGAAAAAUGGAUCAAUUAUUUUGCAAUUUUUUAUGCAUUGAAAAGUAUUUUAUUGUAACUUUAAUAAAUAACU